GAAAAAUUCAUCAAAAAUGACUCAUUAUCAUCAUAUCGCCAAUCUUCUGGAGAAGAUGACAUCCAAUGACAAAGACUUUCGAUUUAUGGCUACAAAUGAUUUAAUGAGCGAAUUGCAAAAAGACAGCAUUAAAUUGGAUGACGAAUCGGAACGAAAGGUGGUGCAUAAGGUUUUGCAAUUACUUGAUGAUAAAAAUGGUGAAGUACAGAAUUUGGCGGUGAAAUGUUUGGGUCCGCUGGUGAAUAAAGUGAAGGAGAAUCAAGUUGAAAUUAUUGUCGAUUCAUUAUGCACCAAUAUGAUAUCGAAUGAUGAACAAUUGCGUGAUAUAUCGAGCAUCGGAUUGAAAACGGUCAUAUCGGAAUUGCCACAAACACCAAAUUCAUAUGGAUCGAAUACACUGGCACCAAACGUUUGUCAACGCAUCACCGGCAAAUUGAGUGCGGCCAUCGAAAAAGAAGAUGUAUCCGUACAACUUGAAGCAUUGGACAUUUUGUCAGAUUUGCUUUCACGUUUUGGUGAUUUAUUGAUUCCAUUUCAUGACACCAUACUCAAAGCAUUGCUACCGCAAUUGUCAUCACAACGACCGGCCGUACGAAAACGUACAAUUGCCGCAUUAUCACAUUUGCUCAUCAAUUGCAACGCCAACGUUUAUGACAAAGUUAUCGCACAUUUGAUUCAUGGGCUCGAAGGACGACAGAAUCAAAUCGUUAUUCGCACCAAUAUUCAAUGCUUGGCAUCUAUUUGCCGCCAAGCUGGUCACCGACUGUGCAAUUAUAUCGAUCGCAUCAUGGUGUUGGUGAAUGAAUUUAGUUUGAAAGACGACGAUGAAUUACGUGAAUAUUGUAAUCAAGCGUAUGAAGCUUUCGUACAACGAUGCCCAGAGGCAAUUACACCACAUAUUAAAUCGAUUGUAGAUUUGUCGUUAAAUUACAUCACAUAUGAUCCAAACUACAAUUAUGAAGCCGACGAUACGGCCGUCAAUAGUUUUAUGGACACGGAAGACGAUGAAUACAUUGACAGUGAGGAGUACAGUGAUGAUGAUGACAUGAGUUGGAAAGUGCGUCGAUCGGCCGCCAAGUGUUUGGAAGCGGUCAUUUCGUCUCGACCAGAUUUGGUUGAAGAUUUCUACAAAGUGUUGUCACCAGCACUCAUUGCACGCUUCAAAGAACGUGAAGAAAAUGUGAAAUCGGACAUUUUCCAUGCAUACAUUGCACUGUUACGAAUCACCAAACCAAAUGAUGAUAUCGCCACACCGGAUGCCAUGGAGCAAGUAUCGGGCCCAAUUCAAAUGUUACAAGAACAAGUUCCGGAAAUUGUUCGACAUGUACAGCCGUUGAUGCGAGAAAAAUCCAUUAAAACACGUCAAGAUUGUUAUUUAUUGCUGCGCGAACUAUUGAACGCAUUGCCUGGCGCAUUCACACACAACUUCGAUCUGUUGAUGCUGGGCAUUCAACAUUCGCUAAGCGAUAAAAAUUCGACAUCAAACAUGAAAAUCGACGCACUGGGUUUCCUUACGUGCAUGUUAACAACACAUAGUCCGGCCGUUUUUCAUCCACAUAUUUCAACAUUGGUACCGUUGGUCGUUUCAUCGGUAUUUGAUCCAUUCUACAAAAUUGCCACAGAAGCUCUUCUUGUUUUGCAAUACUUGGUCAAAGUCAUACGGCCGGUUGAACAAAACUCUCAAUUGGUUCCUGAAUUCACGCCAUUCGUUGGUCAAAUUUACGAUUGUACAUUGCAAAAAUUGAAAUCGCAAGAGGUCGAUCAAGAGGUGAAAGAACGAGCCAUCAUUUGUAUGGGACAAAUCAUUUCGAAUUUGGGCGAUGUUUUGAAUGCUGAAUUGGCUGUGUGUCUGCCAAUAUUUUUGGAACGUUUACGCAACGAAGUAACACGUUUGAAUGCUGUCAAAGCAUUGAUUAUGAUUGCCGGUUCACCGCUACGUGUUAAUCUUAUACCAAUUUUGCCUGACACAAUUCAAUUAUUGGGUUCAUUUUUGCGUAAAAAUCAACGUGCAUUGAAACUCAAUUCGAUUUGCUUGCUCGACACAUUGGUGAAUAACUACAAUACGUACAUCAAUCCGGAAUUGUUGAAUGGUGCCAUUGCCGAAAUGGGAAGUACUGUAAAAAGCGGCGGAAAUUCGCUACUUAGCGAAGCUGAUUUGCAUGUUGCACAACAGUCAUUGGUGUUUAUUACAUCUACGGCUCGAUUCCAAAGUCAAGCAUUGACCAAUACAUAUCGAACCAUUUUACCCGAAAUACUGAAUCUGGUUCGAUCACCACUUCUGCAAGGCACUGCAUUGAAUUGUAUGUUGGAUCUAUUCCAAGCUUUGGUACGAACUCAAUUGCCUGGCCUAGGCUAUCGUCAACUGUUGGACAUGCUUCGUUCGCUCGUUGUUAAUCAACAGCCCAACCAACAAUUGCAUAAACACGCUUUCCAUACAAUUGCAAAAUGUGUUGCAGCUUUAACACUUCAAGUUCAAAAUGAAGCGAUCCCAUUGGCAAAUGAAUUGCUCGAUGAUAUUUCGAAGAAACGCAGCGAUGCACACACCGUUUUCUGUUUGCUCACAAUCGGCGAAAUUGGUCGUCAUUUCAAUUUGUCUGUAAUUGAACAACUGCCACAGUUGGUAAUCAAUUGUUUUGCAUCGACAUCGGAAGAUAUAAAAUCGGCCGCAUCACAUGCACUUGGCGCUGUUGCUGUUGGCAACGUUAACUAUUAUCUACCAUAUAUUUUGAACGAAAUCGAAACGCAACCAAAACGUCAAUAUCUCUUAUUGCAUUCGCUCAAAGAGCUGAUAAGUUCAUUAUCACAAUCGCCAAACGGUUUGCAGCAACUGUUGCCAUCAGUACCAUCAAUUUGGACACAACUGUUUAAGCAUUGUGAGUGCCCCGAAGAAGGUGCCCGUAAUGUGGUUGCGGAAUGCUUAGGAAAAUUGGUGUUGGUGAAACCGGAAGAAUUGUUGCCAUUUUUGCAACAAGCACUGGUUGCUGGCAGCCCACUUAUGAAGACAGCUGUUGUAUCAGCCAUUAAAUUUACAAUCUCAGAUCAACCACAACCGAUUGACAUUUUGUUACGACAAUGCAUUGGACAAUUUUUGUGCACAUUGACCGACCCGGAACCGUCGGUGCGUCGCGUUGCAUUGGUUGCAUUCAAUUCGGCUGUGCAUAAUAAACCAAGUUUGGUGCGAGACUUACUACCAACAUUGUUGCCACAUUUGUACGAAGAGACAAAAGUGAAACCGGAACUCAUUCGUGAAGUCGAAAUGGGCCCAUUCAAACACACUGUCGACGAUGGUUUAGACAUUCGAAAAGCUGCCUUUGAAUGCAUGUACACAUUGUUAGAACAAGGACUCGAACGUGUUGAUAUCAACCAAUUUUUGGAGCAUGUACAAGCCGGUCUAAAGGAUCAUUAUGACAUCAAAAUGUUAUCAUACUUGAUGACAGCUCGUCUUUCGACACUCUGUCCAAAUUCAGUUUUGCAAAAAUUGGACCUAUUCGUUGAACCACUUCGAAUAACAUGUACAAUGAAGGUGAAAACAAAUGCUGUUAAACAGGAAUUCGAAAAACAAGAAGAACUCAAACGAUCAGCACUUCGAGCAUUAUAUGCACUUGCUGCUAUUCCUAAAGCGGAUAAAAACGCUCAGAUGGCCGAUUUCUUGAAGUACAUCCAAAGUACAAACGAUUUACAGCAAGUUUAUCAAGCUGUACAAAAAGAUUCGGUGAAUGCCUUGACUGGCUCUCUUUUCCCCAAUACAUUGAGUGUUAACGACCAUUUGAUGGAUGAAAGCUAGAGACAUCUCACACCAAUCAGUGAUAAAUUUAAUGUUAAAUCAUUCGAACAAAAUCAUGUCGAAUUAAACGUAAACAAUCAAACAAACGGAUUUUCACUAAAAAGACGCGCUAUUCAUUCAUAAAUCUUGCGCAAUUAAAAAUUAUUUUUACGAAAACAUCAACAACAAGAUCCAAACUAGUUGAUCUUCUUUUUUAAAAAUGUUCAAGAAAAAAAAUGACUUCUUUCUUCUAAACUCAUCUGAAAGUCGCAUAUUUAUUCUUCAGUUUUUCUCUUAAAAAAAACAACCGAAUGCGAUCGUUUAUCCGAAAAAUUUGUAUCGACGCAUACUCUAGAUUAAGACAAAAAAAAAACUAGAUUAUACCAACCUUUGCAUGUUCAAAGCAAUCGAUUAAAUAAAGAUAAU